AUGACUACGACUACAUGUUUUGAAUCGAAUGAAUCUAAUUUUGUAAAUAAUCAAAAAAGGGCUUUGAAAAGACAAGCCAAUUCAUGCAAUCACUCACGAACUAACAGUUAUAGCUCAUCUUGCAGUAGUACAAAUAGUCAUACUAUGGAAGAUCAAGAUUUAACUCCUUUGUGUGGACUCUAUCAAAACGAUUAUAAUGAAAACGAUUAUUGGAGUGAUGAUUUGGAAGAAAAUCUCUUCUCACCUAUAUAUUAUGAUUCCUCAAAAAUCAAACUGAGAAAGACGCCAUUCCUUAACAAAAAUGUUUGUCUAGACGAAAAAAAGAUAUUAUUUGUAGAUAAUGUACAAAAUUGCGUAAUUGAAAUACCUGAAAAUCAUUCUUCCAAUCCACCAUCCAUACUGACAAGAUUUUUCAAACAUCCAGAGAGAAUUUGCUCCCACCAAACUCUUGUUUCCCUUCUAUUUAUUCUCACCAUGGUUGGGGAGUUAUUUGAUCCUCACUAUUCCUCUUUUAUAGCCAUUCAGGCUGUUUUAGCAACACUGUUGGGUAUAUUUGCAAUUUAUCGCCGAAAUCAAACAUUGGUGACCAUUCAUUCAGUAUGGAUUUCCGCCAUUACCUCAUUUAUGCUUUUACAAUUUGUAUUUUACAUUGUUUUUGAUUUUGCACAGGCUGUACAUGACUAUCAAUUGAGUACAGGGGACUUGUUGCAUUUGUGGCGAUUUGGCUCUUCUCUCACUCUAAUCUUUCUCGUUUUCCUUGAGUCAAUCAAAGCCAGUAAAGAGUUAUCAAUUGUUGACACUCUGAGGAAUGCUUUGAACAACAAGACCAAAAAUUGA